AUGCCCGCAACCAAAUCACACUCUAGGGGCCUAAUAAGCGGUCUAAUCUCGUCCUUUUAUAUUCCCCGUUGGCGGAUAUUCAUUCAGUACUUGAAGUCUACGCCGCCCGCGUCGUACAAUGCUAGAGGCACUACUAGAUCAGCUCAUUGCUACGAUCAGCACAUCAUCCUGGUUUUUCUGAGGUCAUUUUGA